UUCCCACCUGAAACCCAUUUCCCACCUGAAACCCAUUUCCCACCUGAAACCCAUCCAGCUCUCCCGCUCCGUAGCCACACCCACCCUAGCCACGCUGGGUCCUGGGCCCCCACUAAGGAGUUUUCAUCUGGUCUCCUGUUUCCACUCUUGCUCUUCCCGGAUCCAUUAAGCGGCAGCUGCAGUGAACUUUCACCCCAUGUAAGUUCUUUUACUGCCUCUGCUGAACCCUCCAGUGGCUCUCCAGGCGCCCACAGUAACGCCCGAGCCCUCCGCAGCCCUUACACUAGGGUUCCUCAGCCCCCUCCCUCACCUCUGCCCCCUCCUCCUCCAUAUCCAGCCACUGCUCUCUUGCUUCAGGGGCUGCGCAGGUAACUGUUCCCUCUGCCUGGUGCGCGCUCUCCAGAUGUCUCUGUGGUUUGGUCCCUUACUCCACCCAGUUCUUGCCCGUGUCCUUUAUCAAGGUGGCUUUCUACACUGCGGUAUUCAACAGCCUUCCCGGCCCCUGGCCUCCUGACCCUGCUGUCAUGUCCCGGCGCUGAAGUUCAUUCUGGUUUUCAGGGUCUCUGAGGGCUGGGACCCUGCCUGUCUUGCCUGCCACCGCACCCCUGGCAGCUGGAAGAGAUGGCAGCUUCUGUGGGGGUGCAGCGGCAGGGACAAUAGGCUGAGGCUAACGUGGGUUGACGGGGAGGCCUGUCGGACCAGGACAACGUGGCAAGAGUGGCGAAGAGGAGGCUUUGAGGCCUGGCUUUGCUAUUCUGGACUUGGGCACGUGCCUAUUGGUUAGUGUUCCUUGGCCUCCUUUUUGCAUUGCUGGGCACCUGAGACAUCCAGAUCUGGAAGUGCUACGAGCCACCCCUGGCACCCGUCUCCAGCUUCCCACUUGCUUCCAUGUUCUCCUGUUCGUGGGUUUUGUCCCUAAAACCCCGUUGAACCCAAGAACCCAGGCCACCUCAGCAGAUUGAAGGGGGUGCUCAGUGAUGGCUCCAUCUGCUGCUCUGCUGGGGCUGAGACCCCCAACACAGGGCCUGCCACCUACAGAGCGGACUCCAGACUCUUGGAAAUGUUUUGAUUUAGACGUAAGAGCCCAGAUUGUCAUGUUCAGUCCUUAGAAUGAAUUUAACCCAAAGCUAAACUAGCUCUGUGCCAGUUCCACUAAAGCAUGCAAGGUACUUGAGUUUCCUGGGAAAUGCUGAAAAUGCUCAUGGCGCCUGUUCUAAAGUGGCUGCAAGUCAUUUGGGGGAAAGUUGGCCAAAGAGCACUCUGCUGACAGAAGGCAGGCAAGGGCUGGCAUAGCAGGCCCUGCCAUGUUCCGCAGGCUGGGCUGGCUGGUCCUGUACAGCCUCGCUGUGCUGCUGCUCAGCUGCCUGCUCUUCCUGAAGAAGGAGGCCAAGCCAGCAGGGGUCCCCACCGCCCGCCAGCCCUUCUGGGCUCCCCCGGGGCCCCACCGCAGCCACUGUCCACCCAACCACACUGUGGCGAAUGCCUCCCUGUCCCUGCCUAGCCGGCACCGUCUCUUCUUGACCUAUCGCCACUGCCGCAAUUUCUCCAUUUUGCUGGAACCUUCAGGCUGUGCCGAGGACGUCUUUCUGCUCCUGGCCAUCAAGUCGCAGCCUGGCCAUGUGGAGCGGCGUGCGGCCAUCCGCAGCACGUGGGGCCGGGUGGGAGACUGGGCUGGGGGCCGGCAGCUGAAGCUGGUGUUCCUCCUAGGGGUGGCAGGACCCGCACCCCCUGCCCAGCUGCUGGCCUAUGAGAGUCACGAGUUUGACGAUAUCCUCCAGUGGGACUUCACUGAGGACUUCUUCAACCUGACGCUCAAGGAGCUGCACCUGCAGCGCUGGGUGGCGGCUGCCUGUCCCCAUGCCCACUUCAUGCUAAAGGGAGAUGACGAUGUCUUUGUCCAUGUGCCCAAUGUCCUGGAGUUCCUGGAUGGCUGGGACCCAGCCCAGGACCUCUUGGUGGGAGAUGUCAUCCGCCAGGCUCUGCCCAACAGGAACACCAAGGUCAAGUACUUCAUCCCACCCUCCAUGUACAGGGCCCGCCAUUACCCGCCCUAUGCUGGGGGUGGCGGGUAUGUCAUGUCCAGAGCCACCGUGCAGCACCUCCGAGCAGCCGUGGAAGAGGCCGAACUCUUCCCCAUCGAUGACGUCUUUGUGGGUAUGUGCCUGAGGAAGCUGGGGGUGAGCCCCAUGCACCAUGCUGGCUUCAAGACAUUUGGAAUACGGCAGCCCCUGGACCCCCUGGACCCUUGCCUGUUCAGAGGGCUCCUCCUGGUGCACCGGCUCAGCCCCCUGGAGAUGUGGACCAUGUGGGCACUGGUGACAGAUGAGGGGCUUAAGUGCGCUGCUGGCCCCUUGUCCCAGCUCUGAGGGUGGGCUGAGUGGAUUGAGUGUAGAUUUUCCUAUCAUAGAAGAAAUUGAGAAACUUGAAACUUGACCCAUGAUGGUCUACAGGAAAUGCUUAGUUUUUGUAACCCCCUCCCACACUUUUCUAACUUUGAUUAAAAACACUGAAACC